UAAAAGCACUGGUGAAUGCCUGUGGACAGUCCAGGGCACUUGAUUCAGAGUACUGCUGCUGGUGACUGACAAACUGAAGAGCCAGGCACACAUUGCACCUCUUUCUGUGUGACGCUUCCUAUUCCCUGCCCCCGUUUGUGAUUGUGUACUCCUCUACUCUAUCAAAAGAACCUGUUGGAGAGCAAAGUGUCUGGAAUGCCUUUUGUAAAGGGCAGCCCCCUUCCCAUGGUGUCUGUACAAGCAGUGUCUUUCCCUUGCUAUCUGCUAGUCUCUGUCAAUGUAUGGACCUAGACGGUGCUUACUGCUGCUACGUAGAUCAUCGAUUCUUCAAGUUGCCUUUUUGGGGAGAAAAGGGAAUUGUAUUUAUUUAUUUUUUAUAUAUUUUUUUUUUGUGGAAGUUUUUACUGAUAUAAAGUAUUUUAUAUGAAAUCUGGAAGCAUGAGGAUAAAGGAGAUCUCUUUGAGACAAGACCCAGAUCUUAGGAAGGAGCUGGCAUUAUUGGCUCGUGGAUGUGACUUUGUUUUGCCAUCAAGGUUUAAGAAGAGGCUGAAGGCUUUUCAGCAGAUUCAGGCACAGCCAAAAAAGGAAGAACCAAGAACUCCGACCAUAAGCCAGCACAUUCCAAAAUUUUACUUUCCUAAAGGUUGUCCAAAAGCCAACGUUAACGUGGAUAAUAUAAUUUCAAAGAUUGAGAAGACUUUUUCUACUCUUCCAAAUGAGCGGGCUUGUCUUGAAGACAUGAGCAAAGUAGCUAAGGCAUGUGAAUGUCCGCUUUACUGGAAAGCACCACUCUUUUGUGCGGCUGGUGGGGACAGGACCGGAUAUGUUUCUGUUCACAAGUUUGUCGCUAUGUGGAGAAAGGUUUUGCAGACUUGCCACGAUGAUGCUGCAAAGUUUGUGCAGCUAUUAGCCAAGCCAGGAUGUCUUUAUUUGGAACAGGAGGAUCUAAUACCUUUCUUACAAGAUGUGGUUAACACUCACCCUCACUUAACGUUUUUGCGAGAAGCCUCAGAAUUUCAUUCCCGAUACAUUACUACAGUAGUUCAGAGGAUAUUUUACAUAGUUAACAGAUCAUGGUCUGGUCGGAUCACAUGUGCUGAGCUCAGGAAAAGCAAUUUUUUGCAGCAUGUGGGAUUCCUGGAGGAGGAAGAUAUCAACCAGUCAACAGAUUAUUUUUCAUAUGAACACUUUUAUGUCAUUUACUGCAAGUUUUGGGAGCUUGACACUGAUCACGAUUUGUACAUUGAUGAGCAGGACCUAUCUAAGCACAAUGACCAUGCUAUAUCAAGUAGAAUUAUUGAAAGAAUAUUUUCUGGAGCUGUAACGCGUGGUCGAAAAGCACCAAAAGAGGGAAAAAUUAGUUAUGCAGACUUUGUGUGGUUUCUCUUAUCUGAAGAGGACAAGAAAACACAGACUAGCAUUGAGUACUGGUUUCGCUGUAUGGAUCUUGAUGGAGAUGGCGUGUUGUCAAUGUAUGAACUGGAGUACUUCUAUGAGGAACAAUGUCAGAAAAUGGAGAGUAUGGCCAUUGAGCCCUUGCCAUUUGAAGACUGUUUAUGUCAAAUGUUGGAUCUUGUAAAACCUCAGUGUGAUGGUAAAAUUACACUCCAUGACCUGAAGAAAUGCAAACAAGCUAAUCUGUUUUUUGACACUUUCCUAAAUCUUGACAAGUAUUUGGACCACGAACAAAAGGAUCCAUUUUCUGUAUUGCGGUUUGGGGAAAAUGAAGGCCAAGAACUUUCAGACUGGGAAAAAUAUGCUGCUGAAGAAUAUGCCAUCUUAGUAGCUGAAGAGGCUGCCACAGAACAGUGGAAUGAUGGGUAUGAUGGAGAAUUAAAUGCUUUGGAGACGGAUAUAGUGAAUGACAAAAACUUUGCCAUGGAUAAAAGAACUUUCUUGGAUAUGGCUUCUGAAGUAGACAUUGAUGAGUAUGACUAUGAAGAGGACUUUGAAUAAACUAUAUAGUAAAAGAGAA